AAAUCAACGACACUUUGGAAAAAUAUCUUCACAUCUCUGCCAAUGUGGGCCCUAAUUUUGGGUCACUGUGGACACAACUUUGGAUUUAUGAUUCUUCUAAUAGAAAUGCCUACAUUCCUUAGUACUGCUCUACACUAUGAUAUGAAAACGAAUGGAGUAUUGUCAUCCCUUCCUUUUGUUCUGCAAGCAGUUGGAGCCUGGGUAGCAUCUUACGUGGCUGACAAACUAAGGAAGUCUGACAAGUUAUCUAUAACAGCUAUCAGAAAAAUAAUCAACUCUAUAGGUGCAUUUGGUCCCGCUGUUUGCCUAAUUGGCGUAACAGUAUCUGGGUGCCAACCUGAACUUAUCGUCACUUUAUUAUGUAUAGCAAUGGCAGUAAAUGGCUGUUGUUAUGCUGGAUAUAAUGUAACGCAUGUUGACAUGUGUCCUGAACUUGCUGGAACAUUAUAUGCCAUAACCAAUACAAUAGCGAAUUCUGCUGGUUUCCUAGGACCCAUGGUUGUGGGUAUUUUCACAAAAAAUGGUUCAACUCUUUCAAAUUGGAAUAAUGUGUUUUACUCAGCAGUCGGAGUCUAUGUUUUCUGUGGAGCAAUGUUUGCGCUAUUUGGAUCUGCAGAUUUGCAACAAUGGAAUACUACCACAGAUGAAGCAAAGUGCAAGGCGAAGAAGCACGUUGUAAUUGUGAAAACCCAUCUAUGAUUUUAAAGGAUGAUAUGCAAUCAUUGCAUAUUUUGAAACAUGUGUAGGAAAUGUGGUAAUCUAAUGAUAAGCCAAAUUUUCUAAUGGCGCAGGAAUGCGGUGAUAAAUAUUUUCGGCGAUAAACAUCACGAUUUCAAUGCAAACUAUGAAACGCACCUUGAUAUUCUGUUGAUAACUAGCGGGUACUGUAAACGAAUUAGGACCUUCUCUCGGAACAAUGCUAAAGAACAGUUUGCUGUUAAAACAUCACCUUCGAAUCACAGAUUAAUAAAUAUUCCCUUUUUUA